AUGGAGACGGCGCGGGGCUCUGCGGCCUCCCUCACGCCGGCCGGACUGUUGGUCUUCGCCGGCUCCGCCGAGCGCGAUGUGGCUUUUGCCAAAGCCUUCUGGAACUCGGUGACCCUGCAGCCCCCGUUGGAGUCCCGCCUGGGCCCCGCGGGGCCGCGGCCUCGAGAGACCCAGAGAAAUAUUGCUUUCCAGAUUCCACCAGGCAAUAACAAGAGUGAACAGAUAAUCUUGGAGGCUCACAAAGCUCAGAAAGCUGAAGAAAAAGAAAAAUAUCUUCAGAAGGCCAAGAGGAGGGAUGAAAUACUUGCUUUACUGUGGAAACAAAGAGAAGAGAGGAUCACAAAAGAACAGAUUUCUUGUCUGCAUAAACCAAAGACCAAAACACAUCAAGUAAGGGCAAAGAUAUCUGAUUCUGACAUUGAGGAUCAAGAAACAGUAAAAGCCCUUGAAUAG